CGAAACUGGAGGACAUCAUACUGGAGGAAACAUUGCUGAAAUCUCCACUGCAUGUUCAAUUAAUCUUGUGUGUUGACUUUUGCUAAGCUAAGACACAAUUCCACUGUGUGUGUGUGUGUGUGUGUGUGUGUGUGUGUGUGUGUGUGUGUGUGUGUGUGUGUGUGUGUGUGUGAGCUUGUCCUUAUUUGGCAGAGUGAGGUUCAGCUCUGUGUCUUCUAGUAGGCUACAGAACUUUUGAAGACGCUGAGUUCAUCUCUCACUGAGUGACUCAGACGUCUCUGCUUCUGAAGAACGUACGACACAAACUGCUUUACGACCUUCUAUUCCAAGAACUGUGGCUCUCUGUGACAUUAGCGGGGGUUUCGUACUCACACACUACAGCUCUAGAAACCAGAACACACAGUGCAGUCAUGGCUUCAUCAUGGCUUCGUUCGUUUCUCCUAUGCUGUUUGCUCACUGGAGCUCAAAUCGUUCUGGGUUUCAAUAACACAAUACCUGAUUCUCCUUCUGUCGAUCAAACAUCAUCUCCAGUCAGACACGGCACGAGGAGCAAGGCGAGAAAAGUCACUCCUGCUCCUACAAAACCUUCUGCCAGGAUCUUCUCCACCAGAACAAAGCCCACGGUGGCCCACUUCACCACUGAAGAUCUGGAAGAGAAGAUUGAGCCCAACCUGGAGAAAUGGCUGUGGGGGAAAGGAGAAAGGGAUGAGCCAAGCGAGUCAGAAUGCCCUCCACUGGGUUUGGAGAGUUUAAGAGUGAUAGAUGCCCAGCUACAGGCCUCGUCAUAUAAACGCAGAGGUCUUGGACCCCAUCGUGGACGACUCAACAUCCAGUCUGGUAUUGAGGACGGGGACAAUUACGAUGGAGCUUGGUGUGCAAUGCAUGAAGACAAGAAACAGUGGUUUCAGGUGGAUGCUUUGAGAGCCACUCGCUUUACGGGGGUCAUCGUCCAGGGCCGCAAUUCCAUCUGGAGCUGGAAUUGGGUGGAAAGCUUCAAGGUGCAGUUCAGUAACGACUCUCUCAGCUGGAAGCCCUGCAUGAAUGGGACACAACAAGCGGUGUUUGAGGGGAAUCGAGACACCGACACUCCGGUGCUGGCCAUCUUUCCUGACCCUGUGGUUGCGCGGUUCAUUCGGAUCAACCCGCAAACCUGGUUUAAAAAUGGAACCAUCUGCUUACGUGCAGAAGUUCUUGGCUGUGCGCUACCGGACCCAAAUAACAUUUUUCAAGCGCUAGUGGAAACACGGGACAAACUGGACUUCAGACAUCACAAUUACAAGGAAAUGAGGAAGCUGAUGAGGUCCGUGAACGAGGCUUGUCCGGACAUCACGCGCAUCUACAGCAUCGGAAAGAGCCACAUGGGCCUAAAGCUGUAUGUGAUGGAAAUCUCGGAUAACCCGGGCAAGCACGAGCUGGGUGAGCCGGAGUUCCGUUACGUGGCAGGGAUGCACGGGAACGAAGUUCUGGGACGAGAGCUGCUGUUGAACCUGAUGCAGUACAUCUGUCAGGAAUACAAACAGGGCAACCAGCGUGUAGUCCAUCUGGUUAAAGAGACUCGCAUCCAUCUGCUGCCCUCUAUGAACCCUGAUGGCUACGAGAUGGCCUACAAGAAGGGAUCCGAGCUAGCCGGCUGGGCUCUGGGUCGUUUCAGCUACAAAGGCUACGACAUGAACAACAACUUCGCCAAUCUGAACUCCGUGAUGUGGGACUCCAUGGAGCUGGAGACGGACAAGUCCAAACUCAUUAACCAUUACAUCCCCGUUCCCAAACAGUACACAUCAAAGGACGCUUUGGUUGCCCCGGAGACUCGUGCUGUGAUCAGCUGGAUGCAGUCCAUUCCCUUCGUACUGAGCGCCAACCUGCACGGCGGUGAGCUGGUGGUAACGUACCCAUUCGACAUGGCGCGUGACUGGGCUGCCCGCGAACACACCCCAACCCCGGACGACAGCUUCUUCCGCUGGCUCGCCUCCGUCUACGCCAGCACCAACCACGCCAUGUCCAAUCCACACCGACGGCCAUGCCACAACAAAGACUUCACUCGGCAAAACAACAUCGUCAAUGGCGCUAACUGGCACACGGUUCCAGGAAGCAUGAACGACUUCAGCUACCUGCACACCAACUGUUUCGAGGUGACGGUGGAGCUGUCAUGUGAUAAAUUCCCUCAUGCCAACGAGCUGCCCAUCGAGUGGCAGAACAACAGAGAGUCGCUGCUGGUCUACAUGGAGCAGGUCCAUCGAGGCAUUAAAGGAGUCAUAAAGGACAAAGACACCAAGGCUGGAAUUGCAGACGCCAUCGUUAAAGUGGACAACAUUGACCAUCACAUCCGAUCCGCAUCUGAAGGGGAUUACUGGCGUCUCCUGAACCCCGGGGACUAUGAGGUGACAGUGAUGGCAGAUGGAUACGUGCCGGUCACACGAUCCUGCAGGGUGGAAUACGAAUACUACCCGACCAUCUGCGACUUCAAAUUGUCCAGAGUCCUCAAACCAAGGCUGCGUGAGAUCCUCGUCAAGAAGAGGAAGAUCUCCAAACAGCUCCAGCUCCGACUGCGUCAGCUGCGUCUGCGCAAACUGGAGAGAAACGCAAAACAGCGUGUUAGUGAUAUUUGACCUAUGUCUGGAAGUCAAGUUAUUAAAAUAACAAAAAUGAAAGAGGAAGCCCUUAUAUUCACAACUGUGCGUUAUUUCACGUAAGAAUGAUUUAUUUUAUUUCCAAAGGAAAUUUUUGUUGCUUUAUUGCGUUGUUUAAUGGAAAUUUCAUGUAAAAAUUUAACAUGAACAGAUAAAUGUCACUUGUGCAGUCCAACUUUAAUUCUUUAAUUGUUUACGGUCCGUAAAGUGAAAUAUCAAUUGAUAAUUGAUAGUUGAUGAUAGUUGACAUUUUAACAUGAAUUUACCACGAAAAUCAACCUGUAAUUAUUUUAUUGGAAUAAAUUGUCUGUUGAGAAAUGUUUUAAUUCAUUAAAGAGAAAUAAAGUUACAGAAAAUAUAACCAAAACAAAAAAAACAUGUAUUAUAC